GUCGCUGUGGGAAGAGCGCGGGCUGCGAUUGAACGCACCGGGCGCGACCAGUGCGGCUCAGGUUGUGCUCGGGAAGGCACGACUCUGGUUGUGCGCCGGGCUCUCGCUUCUCUGUGCAAAGUGUAACUUUAUUUUUAUAUUCUUUUGAUACAACACCACUAUACACGUUUUGUCAGUUUUGUACGACCUGCAAGGGCCACCCCCCCUGUGAUGCCUGCUAGUCUGUUUCCCGAGAUGGAGCGCAGCAGCGGGGGUCUCGAAGACCAACGAGCGCUGCAGUUAGCGCUCGAGCUCUCCAUGCUGGGACUGAACAACGAAAAUGACUCUCUGCAUCCUAACCUGGAAGCGGACACGAGGAACAAAAAAAGCCAGAACACGACGGAGUGCGUCCCUGUGCCUAGUUCAGAGCACGUCGCAGAGAUCGUCGGCCGGCAAGGCUGCAAAAUCAAGGCUCUUCGUGCCAAGACCAACACAUACAUCAAAACACCAGUGCGAGGAGAAGAGCCCGUGUUUGUGGUCACUGGACGGAAAGAGGACGUUGCAGCAGCAAAGCGAGAAAUCCUGUCAGCAGCUGAGCACUUCAGCCAGAUUCGGGCACAGCGAAAGAACCACCUCAACGGCAGCUUGGCCCCAGGCCCCAACUCUAACAUUCCAGGCCAGACGACGUUGCAGGUACGAGUGCCGUACCGAGUAGUAGGGCUGGUAGUCGGACCCAAAGGAGCCACCAUCAAGCGCAUCCAGCAGCAGACCAACACGUACAUCGUCACCCCUAGCAGAGACAAAGAGCCCGUGUUUGAGGUGACGGGCCUGCCGGAAAGCGUGGAGGCAGCCAAGCGAGAGAUCGAGGCGCACAUAGCCAUGCGCACAGGCGGUGGGCUUGGCGAAGAGGAGCCCUCGGAAUUCUCAGAGGUGUUUGGCUUCCCACCCAAGCUGUACGGCUUCGCGUACGAGUCGGACGAAGGUCUUGGGGACUCUCCGACUUUCGACCCCGCAGGGCUGCCCUGGGACGGUCGGGUAGCGCCACGCAGUGGUGGUGUGGACAGCGUGGCUAGCUCACCGACCGACUCCCUGGGCUCUGGCCCAAAGCGGGGCAAGCGCGACUGCGUGGUGUGCUUUGAGAGCGAGGUGGUGGCAGCUCUGGUGCCCUGCGGCCACAACAUGUUCUGCAUGGAAUGCGCCAACCGGGUGUGCGGCAAGCUCGAGCCCCUGUGCCCAGUGUGCAACCAGCCGUGCGCGCACGCAAUGCGCAUCUACUCCUAGGCAUCCUCUCUCCUCCUGCUGUGAACAUACUCAUCUUUUUUGUUUCGUGUCCCCCCCCUCGUGUCCUCACCCAUCGUGUACUAUAGUUUUGCGCGGUUCGCGUAGUCUUCCAGUUGCUCACGACCCAGCAGCUGCCAGCUCGUCCCGGCAGGCAAUAAGGCCCCCGUAUGCAACGUCCUGUUGGCGGCGCCCCUUCAGUUGUUCACUUGUGUUGCCCAGAGAGCUGUUUGCUUCCCGCCGGAAUCCCCGAUAUAUUUUAUUAUUCAAAUUUUAAAUGUCCCCCAGAUGAAGAUAUGUAUUUUUGGUGUUAUGAAGCGUCUUGUGUGCGCGUACUUACGGGGGGCCCCCUCCCUCAUGGUGGCCCCCAGAGAGAUAUGUACACUACUCUAUUUUGAGCUACGUGCCGCGCGGCCGAGCCCGCCACUCAGGCUGGUUCGCAUCGCGCGGCUACCCUAGCAAUACCUGUGCGUAGGCUCAUACUUAUUACUACUGAGGAGAGUAUCCAUAUACACAAUGGCUAUAUCCGACCUUUUGAGAUUCAAUCGGUUCGUAUUUUAUUACUCUCUCCACGCGAGAAUAUCUUGUUUAUGCACAAACAUUGCCAAGUGGUUUUAUAGAGAUCGCCCUCAUUUUAUUUGUUCCGAGAUGAUAUUACUUGUUAAUAAAUAUGUACGAAUGGAAA